CAAUGUGAAAAGUGGAGUUUUUAUGUGCAGUGAUCAAUGUAAAAUUUUUGUUCCCCAUUCCCACCAAGCGGCCAUUUUUGUCUAUGCCUGUCAAUCAGCUUUUGUGUUUUUAAUAGGACAAUAUUGUUAAACAACACUAAAUUAUAUUUUAAUGAGUUAUUUGGUUGUAUAGAAAUAUUACCAUAAUAAUGGACUUACUGCCAUAUGUAUCCACCUUUCUCGUUUUAUCGUAAACUUUUGCUAAGUAGUCGCAGUUUACCUGGAGCACUGCAAAUAUUAAAAACCUACUUCCCUUGUAGAAGAAAUGUUUUUAGUGAUUUCCAAAUGUGCAAUUGACUUCUCAACAUGUUAACCUACUAGAAGUGAUAUAAAAUGCUCGGCAAGUCUUUUUAAAAAUUAAAGAGCAUCACAUGUCUCUACAACAACUGUCUUCAUAGUUGUUUUAUCAACAGAAGUCAACCUACAUCCUUUUUCCUUACAAUUUGUUGAUAAAAAAUGGCUGUUCAGAUGCCAGUUCCUAUAAAAGUAGAAGAGGAUGUAAAGGAUAAAAUAAAACUAGAAGCCGAGGUUAUAGAUUUAGAUGAUUAUACAAGCUCUGAAGAAAGGAUACGAAGGUGGAACUCAAAAGUUCGACGUAAAAACCAACCCUUGUAUGAAAAUGAUGAAGAUUGUGAAUUUUUUUUUAGUUUAAUGAAAUGGUACACUGAGACAUUAGCAGAAGACAUUAUAGACACGGAUAUAUGUGAUACUUUCAUCCAACACUUGAACAGCCAUCUCAACUUCUAUUGCUGCACUUUUGUAAAAUCGAAAUUUCACGGUUUCAAAAAAGAGCAGUAUCUGUCCCACAUGGAAGACAUUUUGGCAAUAAAUCUAAACUACGAAGUCGAGUUAUUUAUGAAAGAUCAGAAAAGAUAUAAAAAACUUCAUCGAAAAAAGAUGUUACGCAAAUUACAGACGUUCUUGUUUUACGAUACUGAUUCCUACUUCAACGUUUUGUUGAAGGUUAAAUUCAACAGGUUCGGAAUAGGUUCGGAAGCUUCGAAGAUCUAUUGGAAUUUUAUUUUUAAAUUUGUACUGUCUAAAGGACCAAAAUCAACAACAGAUUUAGACUUUGCCCGAGCAUACUUCUUACACGAGAAGUGGAAGAAAGUUAACGGCCAAACUUUUCACAAAAUCAUCGAAGAUAUGCUAUUUACCACUUAUUCUCGUGGGCCGGAAGAUAUAGCAUCCAAUCAACAUAUACAGGAAAUAUUGAGGCCACCGAAAGAAGUACUAGGCUUUAUAGCCCAUCAGACCAAUGAUGCAGAUCACUGCAAAUCCUUCCUAGCGUAUGUGAUUAAAAUGAAGGAGGAGGAGACUAUGCGGCUGGUUACGCAGGUAUUAGAGAAGGAUGAUAGUGAAAGUGUAGAUAGUAUUGUAGAAAGUCAGGAAGAUAUGAAACAGGAAGACGAUUGUAUAAUCAUUGGAGAAGGGACCGUCGGUUGUAGCCUCAAUGAACCAAAAAUAAUGUUUCACGAAAUUUUAGAUGACGAGGACAUUGCUUCCAUUAUAUAUUUUAUUCCGGAAGAGCGCAGUGAAGCAGUCGAUGGCAGAUCCUUCUUGGAGUCGAUAUCAAUUCCCGAAUCCAGUGCGGAUAAAGAAAAUAGAAAUCCAAAAGAAAAAUCUAUAUUCGGUCCAAGUCCAGUACCGCAACACACAUUCAAAUUGCAAAGCAGUAAUUCGGUCCAGUCUAGGGAAAAGCAAUCAAGGAAAUUCACACGUAAAAAAGCUGUGGAUUCCACAGUUGCAUCACUAGAUGAAUCAAUUGAUUUGGACAGUGUAGAGUCUCUUGAACACCCAUCCAUAGAUAUCAUCGAUGAUGAACAAGAGAUGCUCCUAAGUAGUGAUGAUGACCAGCCACCAUCACCAUCAUUCUCGGACCUAGAAAUUUGCCCAACUAACUCGAUCUUGGAAACCUGCCAUUCUACACUUUCAAGUAACUCAGACUUAUUUAACGUACCAACCAGUGAACAAACAUACAUUUCACCUACUUCACCCGAUAUAUCGAGUACCUUCGAACCAGAAAACAUAGAACAGGAAUCAGAAGAAAAUAGUGCAUGUGAAAAUGAGACCGAGGAAAAUAGUGUAUGUGCAGAUGAGACCGAAAAAAAUCGUGUAUGUGAAAAAGAUACAACAGAUGCGUUGCAGUGUACUUUCGGAUCAAAUACAAUAGACCAGGAAGAGUCAGCUGAAGAAAAUAGUUUAUAUGAAAAAGAUACAACAGAUGCAUUGCGCUGUACUUUCGGAUCAAAUACAAUAGAACUGGAAGAGUCAGCUGAAGAAAAUAGUGUAUGUAAAACAGAUAUGUCACAGUCGAUAAAAAGUAGUACAAAAACUGCAGGCAGUGCAAUAAUUAGACGCAUAUUGAAAGACUUUUCAAUCGAAACGGCUGACUCUAUCCAGAACACAUUGAUCUCAACCCGUACUACCAAAAAUAACAGGUGGCAUUCCUCGACCCCGACAGAUCUAAACUCUUCGACCUCGGCAGAUGAUGCCACCAGCUCAACAACAGUUAGUACAAACGUUAUGACAGAAGAUUCCACGACGCAGAAAGAUAAAGCAGCCGUUACGAAAACUGUCACGAGAAGGAACGGGCAUAUUGAACACAAUAACAACGACGUGAAUAAGGAUCCCUUAAAGAAUAUGUUCAAUAAGCAGUUGAAUGUCAAUUUGACUAGGCUAGAUCUCCAGCAGGAGAAAUCUGGAGAUAAAAUACUGUUUACUUCCAAAAGCAAGUUGAACAAAUUCGAAGAGAAGUCCAAUAUAAAAUUUAAAGCUCUAACCAAAGAAGACGGUCUAGACGAUGGCUUGACCGGCGAUCUUGGCAAAAUCAGCAAUCUGCCAGAUAUGAGUAUCAUCUUGGAUCUGUUUGAAGAAAGUUCUUCGCACAAACCCAACAACAAUACCAACGUCGAAUCUGAAGGCGUCAAAUCAAACUCGGACGUCGAUCAGGGAUGUAAUAAGGACACGGCUAAAAGUAUAGUAUCGCCUGAGAAUGAUGACUUCAACCGCUAUAUAUGCGAUUUACGGGAACACGGGAAUAGGACGCCAUCUAUACCCGCAAGAAAAUCGCAAGAAAAACAGGAAGAGGAAGUACCAACUAAAAAGAGGAAAAUAUGCUUCGCUGAGAAACUAGUCGUAGCCACUGCUGGGAGUGCUGACAAAAUGUAUCCCAAAUCCUACAAGCAUCAAGGUGUCCUAAAGAAACUCAAGAGAAAAUGGCGAAUACCACCUAACAUAAUGACUUCGCAGUCUUUUUCGGAUUAUGGCAUUCAACCUACUGAUCCAUUGCUUCAAGCAGAGUCAUUUGUGGUUGUCAACAAACUAAGCGACGAAGAAAUCGACAAGUGGCUAAGAGGAAAGACUUGCGACGAUACCAAAAUGAAGAAAACAGAAAGGACCGAUUUGAAAGCAACGGUGUUAUUGCGGGUCGAUUACGACAAAGAGACUAAGUUCAAAGGGGUAUGUAAAGGAGACAGAGUGCUCUAUAAUGACGGUUCACAUCGGAAGUUGCCGGAACUGAUAAAUGAAGGUAUAUUUGCAAAUCGACGAAAGAAUGGAAGACGGAAAGAUGGAACUGAUGAUGACGUUGCAGGACCUUCAUCAGGGCCUUCAGAGCCACCUAGCGGUAGGCCAAGUGCAACCACUUCAUUGGACAGCGUCAUCUUAAAAUGGAAUAGGCCAUCUUAUGAUGGAGGCAACAUGAUUCAAGGUUACGCAGUGGAUUACACAUUGGUGGGCAGCGACAACUGGGUAACACUCGAAAAAGUAUGCCAAUCCCAUACUUACGUAGUUAAAGAUCUGCUGGAACCUGGAGCACAAUACGUUUUUAGGAUACGGGCUCUUAACGUCCACGGAUACAGUAAGCCAAGUCUCGAAACGCAAAUUGUACAGUUGGAAGAAGAUGAUUUCCGGGAUUCACUUGUUCUUCCAAAAAUAACUAAAAGAAGAAAUACGUUGGUGAAUGAAAAUAGGCGACAAAAUGGAAAGCGGAAGCUGGAAAUUGAAGAUGAUGCUGUCGCAGGCACUUCAUGGGGCACCCUGGAUUCGUCUGAUGCUACAAAAAGAGGUAAAAAAAGUCGAUCGAAAAAGACCACGUGAUACCAUCUCGGACCGAAUGAAAGCGUUGCCGUUGGGAAUCAAAGGUGGAUUGAAUCAACCGUUUGUUAAUUGUACAAAACGCAUAUUUUGAUUGUCCAACAAGCAAUUGCCACGUUUCACAGUUCGUCGUAUUUAGAAUGGACAUUUUUUUUUAAUUGAUUGUACAUAAUAUUGUAAAUUAAGCUAGUGUUUGUUGGGCGUGCAAAGUAUCAUCAAAUAAGUGAAUUACAUUGUACUUCGUAUGUGAAUAGACCAGGAUCUUGAGUAUUUCCGAAGGAAGUAAAAAAAUUACUAACCUAAUAACUGCACACAUGGGAAAAGUCUAGGGAUAUUUUUAAAAAGAUACGGUGGUAUUUAAUAGACAACAAAAUUUGUUGAAAUGUCAAACAUAACUACACUAAAUUCCACUAAGACAUGCAGUGCAUGUAAACAAAGAUUAUAGUUGUUAAAGGUGUCAAAAAGGAAUCUACUCCUUCCAUAGUAACCUUAUAUUAUGAACAUCAAGUUAUCACUUUGUCUCUUUUCUCGAUUAUUAGAUUUUAUUGUAUAGUAUAUAAAUUACUGUAGUCACCGAAUACAUAG